AUGGGCGUCGACGGCGUGGAUACCGUCGCGGUCGAGGCUGCGCGCGCGAUCGCCGCGAUGUGCUCGUGCGAGUUCGACAGCGUCGACGGCCAUCACGUCUCUCAACGGGACCUCAUGAAGAUGCGUCUGCGGUGCAUGAAGAUGCGUCUGCGGUGCAUCGACGCCGGGGUCGUACCGCCGCUCGUCGCGCUGCUUCGGUGCGGGCCGUGGUCUCGCCACGCGGAGGGCGCCGCGGAAGCGCUCUCGUGGAUCAGCGAGGAGCAGCACGACUUGCGCGCGGAGAGGGAGACGCCCGGGUGUAAGGCGAUGUUUCGCGCGGGCGCGGUGCCGCUUCUGAUCGAGCUCAUACGCAAGGGGGACCCGCGGUCCAGCGAGUGCGUUACGAACGCCGCGCAGACGUUGUGUAACCUCGUGAGCUGUCACAAGGGCGCGGCGCAUCAGUGCGUGGCGUUCAACGCGCUCCCCGUGCUCGUGUCCGUGUUGAAUUACAAGCCCCCGAAGCUCCCGCCGAUCGCGCCGCUCGACGACGAGGACGCGUUCUUGAGCCGCAUCACGGCGUGGACCCCGGAUCGCGACGAGGAGUCGAGCCCGGUGUCGGGGCGCGUGGUGCGAGCGGUCUUGAGCGCGAGGACGUGCAAAAAGAACACGAAAAGGAUCGUCCCGAAUCGGAAAUCUAGCUCAAAUCAGAAGCCACCGCGUGAUGCGAAGUACCAAUGGACCACGCCGCCGCAUAAGCCGCCGCACGAGGCGAAGUACGACUACUGGGUCAUCGCCGCGUCGCAUUGCUUGGACGCGAUUCGCUCCAUCGUGCACUGCGGGUUCGGCUGGGCCGCGUGCAUCGAAGCCGGCGCGUUACCCGCGCUGAUGCAGUUCCUUUCGAACAAAGACGCGCAGAACGCGGAGCUCGCGACGGAGAUCCUAGAAGAGAUCGCGGAGACCGCGCAGAGCGCGGUCGCGACGUCGCUGUGGCUCGAUCCUCACGCGUUCAUCGGGAUGCUCGCGCAUUUCGACAUCAUGAAGAAUCCGCUGAUCGAGGAGAACGAGGCUCCGUUCAUACGACGGACGAUAGAGGCGAUCUUCACGGCGAAGCCCGAGUUCGCGCGCAGCGAACAAGAGGUUGGCGUGUACGAGAUCGCCCUCAUACAGUCGCGCCCGGAGACGCUCGCGCGUUUGCUUCCGUUUCUCCUCGGCGGGUACGACAACGGCGGGAUCGAAGAGGGGAAGUUCAAAAAGCAAGCCGCGCGUCGGAUCCGUCACCUCACGAUUCGUUUCGAGUUUCUCACGCUCGUUCGCGAUCGCGUCAUGGAAGUCAUGCGCGUCAUGGGCGGAAGUACUGGGCAUGAGUAUGCAAAGUACUGCGACGCGAUCGACGAGAUCGAAACGACGCUCGAGCGAAUCAGCUACGAGGCGAUGAGGUUAGCCGAGCACGUCGGCUUGACGGAAAAAAAUAAACCUUUCGAGCUGAGCACGAUGAUCAAUUUCUUCGGCGAGGAGAAAAAAAAGUACCAUCCCCGACGAGAUAGGGUGCAUCACCCAGGCCUUCUAGUGAAGCUCGAACACGAGCUCGGGUUCUGCAUCUCGCAACAGAUCAAGGUCGGGGACUUGCGCUCAAAAGUCGUCAGGACGUUCGAGGAGAGCUUCUCGCUCGUGUCGAGUCUGCGAAACCCGACGAGGUCGAUUCGAAGCGCGGACGAUAGGAUAUGGUCCGGCAUCGCGCUCGCGAGACUCGCGUCCGAGGACGGCGUCUCAGAGGUCGCGCGAUACGCCCCGUGCGUGAGAAUGCAUCCCAUCGGACGCAGGUGGGGGGAAGGGAUGGAAAAGACGCACUUGAACGUCCGGUGGCCGACCGCGGCGGCGGCGCUCGGGCUGGACGACGAGGACUGGGAACAUCAAGAGACCGUCCUCGAGAACGCCGCGCGGACGAUCGGGGGAGGGGAUCUCGUUGAGGGCCCGGGGUGGGUGCACGGCGACACCACGACGAUGCCCGUGUGCGGUGUCUUGAACGCGUCGUCGAGCGUGCACGUCAUGGUUCGACGCGCGUGGGACCACGCCGCGGCGCUCGCGGCGGCUCCGUUCGACCGCAGAAAUUUCACCCCAGACUUCGACGAGGUCGACGCGUGCGAACGCGACGCCGCGGCGACGGACCCGACGUAUUCGCUUCAUGGCGAAUACGGAAGGACAUUCGUUCACGACGUCGCGAUGCCGCCGUCGAUCGGACGAGAGGCUGCGAGGGCGACGUGCGCAUUGUUUCACCGCCUGUGGAACGAUUCGAGCGUCGAGCGGCGGGUGACCCUGGAAGGAAGGAUGCGCGAGGCAUGGCUCGACGCGACGACGAUGCCGCCGCAGUGCACUCCGGAAAAUGGGAUGGCCACCGUGGACACGAACGUCACGACCGUGACGAAUGCGGAGCUGAGAUGGACGAAGCUCAGCGGGCGGAAACGCAAGCGCGGGGACACGGAUCAAUCAAGUUCACGGGAAAGGGAGGAAAGGAAUAAAACACGACCCAGACGCAGAUUUAAGGUGAAGUGUUGGAUGGCCGCGAAGCAGCAGACCGUCGCGGAGAUCAAGAAGGACCUGAAAAAGUACGGAAAAUCCACGACAGGGAACAAAGAGACGCUUCUCGCGCGAUUACACGACGCGAUGAAGGAGGACAGCGAGUUCAGGACAACGCUGAUGGAGGACAACGCUGACAUUCUUUUAUCGAAAGAGCUCGACGGGGAGUACAUCGAGGAGUUCUUGGAUGUGCAAAUCCGUAGGGCGAUGGCAGACGAGAAGAAGACGGACAUGCUGUCGCCGCGGCCGAUGUUCACGCGCAAGGACGUGAACGUGAACACCAACGACGGGCGGACGGUGUCUAUUCUCGUCGGCGGUAGGCCGUUUUACGUGCACCGGUCGAUCAUCGAGAAGCACAGUCCGUUCCUGACGGACGUCCUGCGCGACAUGGACGCCGCCGCGGAAGCUUCCACGUUCAGCUCCGCCGCGCGAGCGAAACAGCUCGAGCCGAUACCGCUCCCGCACGCGGCAGGGUUGCCCGAGGACGCGAAGACGCUGCGGGAGAUCUUCGGAAUCGCGAUGAUUUGGCUGUACACCGAACGCCGACCGAACGAGCUCGUGACGGUCGAGGACGGGCUCCGGCACGACGGCUUGGAGCUGAAAUACCUGCCGCACUUGAUCGCGCUAUCGCACGUCUUAGAGGCCGCGUCGUUGCAGAGCUGGUGCUCCGCGAGGCUCGCGGUGUACGUCGCGGCGUCCUGCAAGGGUAGUCUGCACAAUCCGAGGGGGCGAGACCUCUCCGACCACUCCGACGAGAGUUACGACCCCGUCGUGUACUUUCCAAAGCAUGACGCGUCGCCGAAGGAACCGAUUCUUCCGACGCCGAUUCUCCCUGCUCCCGGGAGGCGCUGCGCCGCCAUGUUUUUUGCAGAACAUCACGAUGGCGGCAAGCUACUGAACUGCGUCCGCGACCCGGAGGAGGACAAAAUAGAAGACAGUUCGUUCGAGAUUAAUAAGUCGUUGAUGUUCGAUUACAACGUCAACGGCCACGUCACCGGAGAUAAAGCGUACAAGAUGACGUACACCGCCCUGGACAUCGCGCUCGAGGACGCGUGCGGCGUCCCCUCGCGCGCGCUCCUCGCGGAGAGCCCGCAUCUGCGAGCCGCGGUCGCGUUCUGGGCCGCGACGAGGCUCGGCGGCGCCGCCGCGACGCCGGCGGCGGUGGCGCCGUACAGAGCGCUGCUCGAGGGGCCCAUGACGACGCUGCUGUGCGGGCUGGACGUCGGCGGGCCGGCGGGGAUGGGCGUGCACGAGCGCGUGACGUAGAGGGUGGACGUGAAUAUCGUAGAGAGCGAGCAGAGCACGACGGGGUGGAUCACCGUGCCGCUUCAGUGAGAGCAGUCGCGCGACGCGCGAACGAACGAACGCGAGCGAUUUUUUUUAGUUGCAGAACAGAGCGCGAUCGCGCGGUCGUU